AUGGCUCCCACUGCUCUCGUCUACUUCGUCGACGCCGGCGGCAAACGAGUCAGCGGAGCUGUUAACACCCUGCUCAGCCCCGACCACACCGCCGGCGACGGCACUGCUACCGGCAGCGGUAGCAGCAGCAGCAAGCCCCGCCCGCCCCGCCUCCACGGCCGGCCGGGCAAUGUGUACCAAUGCGGCAGCAACUGGCAGCAGCUACACCACCCGGUUUAUGUUGCGGCCAAACAGGAGGCCAUUGCUGUCUUUCCGUGCCCGCAUGUCCUCAAACACGGACUCUAUUGGGUUGGCUGGUUUGUCAUUGCCGAGAUCGAGAUCUUGCGGCCAACUCUCUUGCCCUUUCCACCGCCAGAGUGA